AUAAAGUUAUUGGAAUCGAGUGUUUCAUGUUUGGACAUGACGGCACCACGUGUAAUUAUAGCCAUCGACCCUCGAAGUAAAAUAAUAAUAAUAAUAAUAAUAAUAAAACCCGAACAAAGCUCAGCCUCCUCUGAGUGCGGUGACGUCAGGCGGCCAUUAAGGCUUGUGAUUGGCCCCGCCAGCAGAUGGGGGAGUCCUAAUGAGCAGGCUCCAGGAGGGGGAAGCGAGCAUGACAUCUCGGGCUGGACCACAACACGUCGCUGCCGGCUUGAUCACAACGCUCAUCCGUGCUUCCGUGGGAGACGACCCGUCGGCACGCAAGCCUCGCUUCCUUUUUAAAACGACGUUUUGCAUCCUUUACUGACUGCAUGUUGCAGCCACACACUGCCGCCCCCUGCGCAUCCUCACUUCGGCCCCGCCGCAUGCAGCCCGGGCGAGCAUGGACAGUCGCGUCCUCGAGCAUCACCCUCACGCCCACUUCGGGGGCCCCUUGGGCGGGCUGGUGGGCUUUCCGUAUCCGCUCGCUGCUCACCAUCAUCACCACCACCACCAUCACCACCAGCAGCAUCAACCUCAUCAUCACCAUCAGCAGCAGCAGCAGCAGCACCACUACGAGCUCGCCAGCGCUCACCAGCUGCAGUCGGCGGCCGCAGUCCCCUUCACCAUAGACGGAUUACUAAACGGCUCUUGCUCGGCCUCGGUGGUGAGCUCCAGCGCGCUCUUGUCGCCCGACGGCCAGUACAAACUCUCCGAUUCCGGGGACCCAGACAAAGAGAGUCCCGGUUGCAAACGGAGAAGAACCAGGACCAACUUCACCGGCUGGCAGCUGGAGGAGCUGGAGAAGGCCUUCAACGAGAGCCACUAUCCAGACGUGUUCAUGCGGGAGGCACUCGCCCUCAGGCUGGACCUGGUCGAGUCCAGGGUUCAGGUUUGGUUCCAGAACCGACGCGCUAAGUGGAGGAAGAAGGAGAACACGAAGAAAGGGCCCGGGCGGCCCGCGCACAACUCUCACCCGACCACGUGCAGCGGCGAGCCCAUGGACCCCGAGGAGAUCGCCCGGCGGGAGCACGAGCGCGCCGAAAAGAAGAAACGCAAGCAGGAGAGGAAGUUGCUCAAGUCGCAGAGCAAACUUCUGCACGGCGACAGCUUCCACACGCCGGGCGGCUCCGAGAGCGACAGCGGCGUGUCGCAGUUCACCGACAGCGAGCAGCAGCCUUCUUCGGGCCCCAACGGGAAUAUUCACGGGGAGCUGCCCCUGACGUCCGGGGCCGCCCAAGGACACCAAACCGAAUCCAGCUGUGACCAAACCCCACACGACUUCAGCCACCAAAACCAAAGAAGAGAAGCGGAGCAGGUUUCUCCGGCCAGCACGCGCGGCUCCGGCAGUCCGGCGGGCUCGAGGUCCUCGGCCCUGCAGAAGCGCAACCCUUUCAGCGUGGAGAGCCUCCUCUCGGACGCCACGCCUCGACGGAAGCCUCCCCUGGACUUCCCCUCGCUGCCCGCCCAGAGGACGCUGGUGGGCAAAGGCCACUUUUUGCUUUACCCCAUUACCCAUCAGCCCCUUGGCUUUCUCGUGCCCCAAACGGCCCUGAAGGCGUCACCGUGUCAGGACGCCAUCGACAGACUCCACCUCGAACAAUCAUGCGCUCCCACCGACCUCUCUUGCGCUCUCGCCAAGCCGAUCGGCGCGGAUCAUAAAACGCGCCACCGCCAUCACAGUCCCGUUAGCAAUAGAGUCGACGUGGAGGAGGAGGAGGGGGAGGAGGAGCGAGCCGGCGAGAGUCCCGCGCUCGCCAAGUCUCAGGCAUCCUCGCGGUCCGCCGAUCCCGGCGAGGCGGGGAGAGUCCGCGGGGAGGCGCUGACCGACGGCUGCCGAGGCGAGGAGCCGCGCGCAAAGGAGGAACGAACGUCUCCGGCCCUCUCCGAGGGUCUCGGAGCAAACGCUGACUGUCGGGAGGCGCUCGAAACAGACGGCGAGGACGUGGAUAUGGACUAACACUUGUCGUCGGAGCGCGCACACAAAGCGGCAUGCUCAGACGCCGUCAGAAAACAGGGCUACAGUAGGAGUCGGUUUGGGUUUAGUGGACUGCCAGGUUAUGUUUCCGCGCUGUAAAAGCGUCAAUGGAUACAAAACGAUUUCGAGCGACAAAAGGCCUUGUACACCUCAGCUCCAUUUUUUUCUUCGAGUGGACUCGUUCAAACAUUCCCAAAGCUCUGCAUAGAUGCUUGCAAACAUAUCAGGAAUUGGGAGACUUUAGCCACGUUUCCCACCGAGCAACGCGGUUCGGUUCAGCUCCGGAUCCGGUUUUGGGAACAGCAAAAAACCCUGAGAUCCAUUGACAAGAUAGAAGUGCCACAAAGCCUCUUUUAACUCAAAGAACCCAUCAAGUCGCUCCGUCAGAGCAAAUAUCGGACGAUCCGGGCACCGUUGCCUUAUAUUUGAAUCCCGGCAAGGGCGGGUCAGGAUCACAAUAGCGCGCAUUUGAUAUAAGAAGGUGGCAAAAACACUCGCACGUUGCGCUUGAAGUAUACUGAUGCUACCACAAAUCUCCGUUGGAGUUGAUAUCGUAUUAAAUAAAGCCAUGGGUAUGGAAGAUUUGCUUCAGGAUCUCAACUGAAGCUCGAUUGAUGUCUCUUUUUUUUUUUUAACGUCAUCUUGUCAUCUUCGACGGUUGAAAAAAAGAAGUCACCAUCCUAGUUCGACCAAGGAGUUGAAAGUACAGAUACCCAUUUUCAAAUGUAGGGAGUAGGGGUGCACCGAUCAACUAGCCGGGAUUGGGAUCGGCGCUGAUUUCCUUCAUUUUCAAGGAUCGGUGAACAGAUGAUCCCUGAAAAUGAAACUGAUCCAGUUCGCCGAUCUCAUCUCCCUCCGCAGAGGUCCGCAAAAGUCGGCCACCGUCUGCUACGGAAUGACGAGUAGAUAUUUUUCGGAGAAAACGACUUCAGACGCGGUUACAGCAAUGCGUUUGUAUCGUUUCAAAGGUAUUGUUCGGUGCGUCACAAUAAAACAAAAUUGGAACGUUGACGACUCACGCUGU